CGUGGUCAUUAUUUACAACCGGGCCUCUCGACGUACGUGCACACACGGGCUGAGCGAAAACUCUCAACUCUUGACCACAUCUCAACAAAACCACCUCAAUUUUCAAACAAACUUUACAAGAUUAUCGACGUAUUUUUUGACGCUUCCUGACUACCUGACGUCAUCAACAUGGGUCGCGGAGAAAGCGAGGAGAAGUCUAAGAUGGAGCAAGAGCCAGAGGAGGAUCCUGGGUUCUGCGACAAGUUCCGUGGAUUCCCCAAGUGUAUCGGGUUCAUCGUCGGAAAUGAGUUCUGCGAGAGAUUCUCCUUUUAUGGCAUGAAAGCAAUUCUGACCAUUUACCUGCUGGAAGCGCUGCUGUUUGAUGACUCCACCUCCACAGCUAUCUACCAUGCCUUCACAUUCGGCUGUUACUUCACUCCCAUCCUCGGCGCCAUCAUGGCAGACAGUUGGCUCGGAAAGUACUGGACUAUAGUGUCGGUCUCCAUCCUCUACGCCAUUGGCAAUUUUGUUUUGUCCAUUUCCUCUCUCUUCGGACCUCCUCCAUAUCCGUUCUACGGAGUGUCACCACAGGCGAACAUACCCGGGGCCAUGAUUGGUUUAGUCCUAAUCGCCCUGGGUACGGGCGGGAUCAAGCCGUGUGUGUCCGCCUUCGGAGGUGACCAGUUCAAGGAUGGACAGACAAAGCAAGUGCAGAUGUUCUUCUCCAUCUUCUACUUUGCCAUCAACGCUGGCAGUCUCAUCUCAACCCUGGUCACACCUCUGCUUAGGGAUGAUGUCCAGUGCUAUGGUGCCGACUGCUUCCCACUGGCCUUCGGAGUUCCCGCCAUUCUGAUGGUGGUUGCUACAAUUCUGUUUGUUGUCGGCACCCCCUUCUACAAGAGGAACCCACCACAAGGGAACGUUGUUGUGCUGGUGUCAAAGGCCAUUGGGAAUGCAGUUAAGAACCGUUGGAAUCGUGAGGAAGGAGAGCAGAGGGAACACUGGAUGGACUACUGUGACACUACCAAAUAUGAGAAAAAGCUUGUUCGUGACAUCAAGUUCAUGCUGCAUGUGUUGUACAUGUACAUCCCACUGCCUGUCUUCUGGGCUCUGUUCGACCAACAGGGAUCCCGGUGGACUCUACAAGCUUACCGCAUGAAUUAUGACUUGGGACCACUUGGCAAGAUGAAGCCAGAUCAGAUCCAGUUUGUCAACCCAGCACUUAUUUUGAUCCUCAUCCCCAUAUUCGAGGGUGUGAUAUACCCCAUUCUGGACAAAUGCAAGAUUCCCAACAGGCCCUUGCAGAGGAUGUGUGCUGGUAUGACUUUUGCUGCAGGAGCUUUUGUUGUGGCUGGAUUUAUACAGAUAGCACUUCAGAACACCUACCCACAACCACCCGCGGCAGGAUACUCAGGGCUGCGCAUCAUCAACAUGGCGGACUGCGAACUCACGGCAACCUUUGACCCUCCUUUCACUGGCGAUAAUCCACCUGCCUUUGAUGCAAUUGCCUACAAGGGAGAACAGAAACUGUACAAUGUUCCAAAGGGGAACCACACCAUCGACUUUACCUGUAAUGGUAAAAACCCUCUGAAUAACUACCCAGUGGACAUGGGAGAUCAGGAGUUCAAUACAGUCAUCAUCACAGAAAAGAACGGAACCCUCCAUGCACCCCCACAGUUCCACACAGAUUGGGAUAAGCCAGACAAAGCUGAUCCAAAAAUGAGAGUAAUCUUCAUGCUUGACCCAGAUACCAUUGGUAACAACGUCACUGUUAGGAUUGAGAACAAGGCAGUUCCCACACAGGUGAACCAUGACUUUGAUGUCGAGAUGGAAACAGCGACCGAGUAUGUCGUCAAAGAGCCAGGAGACUUCAACGUGAGGCUUCAAUAUGUGAAUAAUACCAAAGCAGAUCAAGAUGAGCUUGUUGGUACCUUCAGCACUGAGCAUGGUGGUGGAUACACUGUUGUUGUCUACAAUGAUGGAACAGAGAACAUGGUGGAGAGCUACAUUGAUGCCGAGCCCAGCUCCAUGAGUAUCCUGUACCAGAUUCCUCAGUACUUCAUCAUCACUACUGGAGAGGUUCUCUUCUCUGUUACAGGGCUUGACUUCUCCUACUCACAGGCCCCAAAGAGCAUGAAGUCUGUACUACAGGCUGCCUGGUUGCUGACAGUUGCUUUUGGAAACGUGAUUGUGCUGAUUGUUGCUGAGGCCAGGCUUAUCGAAGACCAGGCUAUUGAAUUCUUCAUGUUUGCUGGCCUUAUGGGUGCUGUCGUUAUCAUCUUUGCCAUCAUGGCCUACUUCUACACAUAUAAUGAAAUUCCCAAGGAUGAUGAAGAGAUGGAAGAGAUGGGAAAAUCUAACGGCGACAUUGAAAACGGUAAAGUCAGAAACGGCGUAGACAAUCCAGCCUUAUCCCCGGAUGGACCAAUCUACGAAGACGUAUUGGCAGGGGACACAUCGUACAUAACUCAACUGUAAACAACUGUGGCUGUAACAAACAAUUAGCGUUUUAUUACCCUUUCUGUUUUCCACCUUUAGAAAUUGUUGCCAAAAAGGCUGUCAAACUCAUCCGAAUUUCCCAACUUCAGAAUGUUAGACUUUAACUGAAUGCCAGAUUAUACAACCCUUUUACUUGGGUCUUUCAUUUGUCGGUAUUUCAUUAAAUGUGACUGCUUUGUAGAUCUGUUGUAUAUGACUACCAAACGAUAGGGAAAAACCUGCUGUAAAGUCAUAAAAGACAACCAAGUUGCACCUUUGCAAGUAGUGGUUACAACUUUUAAUAACUCCUGGAGUGAAAGGACAGACUGACGUUAAAAAAAUUGUGACUACUGCCCUUCAACUAAACCUCUGCUUGGAGGAUAGUAGACACACUUAAAGUUUACUGACACUUACUGUGAUCAUUGGGAAGAUGUGUUUAUUCGGGUUUAUGUCUAGUUGUUGGCUACAUAUGUCUGAAGACUCUGACAGUAAGCUGUUGGUAAUCAUGGUGAAGAUCCUCUAAAAAAACACUGCCCAUAUAUUGUUUUACUACUGUAUAGGAAAAAGACUGGAUCAUUACUAUCAUUCUGUAGCUGACAUAUUACGUGAGAAAAGUUUACUAUUGAUACUACAGGACUUUGUAUAUUAGCUUAAUUGUCAACUAUCAAAGACACAAUCUUUGAGAUCAAGAAAUGAAGCUAAUCUUUGGUCCUUUGUAGUCCUCAAUGCACUUAAACUAAAAAAGAAAAGACAAAUUUUAAGUAAGAAAACUUGCUUGUUUUGGGUAUAUUCUGCCAGUUUCUGCUUUUAUUGAAUCUUCAAAAAACAGGAUAAAAUGGUACUUCUGAGGUUCCUUUAUUUUAGUAGUAUAAUAAUUGUACAUAGCGUGAACAUACAAACUUAAGACUUUUAGCCAGAACAGUUUCUUUUGAGCCGUGAGGAUAGUUUUGAGUUUACGAAAAGCUCUCAAUGGUACCUAACAGCAUAUGAGCUAGAUGUUCUGGUUGUAAAAAUGCCCACUAUAUAUAGAUAUAGCUACUUCCUAGUGUGGACAUAUGUAUUCCCAGUAUUAGUGUGUAGAGUGGCGUGUACUAAUAAUAGGAUUCAAUAUAUCAUACAAUGUACAUAUAUACAUAGUACAUUUCAGUUGGACUUUGUUGUGUAAAAUUGUUGGUGACCUUUGACUUAACACUAGUUCACCUUUAUUCGCAGGGUAACCUAUAUCUGUUGUAUCUAAAGGGGUAUUUAGGGAUAUUUAUUCAACGGAUGGUGGUUUCCAACUGCAAUAUUUUGAAAAAGAAAUGUAGUUCAAAACCACCUGCCAUCUACUUGAUUUCCCGAAUUAUCCUGUUUUAGGUACAACGUAUAUAGGUAACCCCACAGAUAAAGGUGAACUAGCAUUACUGCUCUUAACAAAAUGUUGUACAGAAAAUGGAAUCAUGAUUCAUGUUGUUUAUUCAGAAAUUAUGAAUUUUGGGAAGAAUGCUCAAGAUGAAUAUUUUCAAAAUUCCUUCAAGUCAUUGUUAUGAGCUUGUGAACUUAAAACAUAACAGACAAUACAACUAGGGUAGCAUGUGUAUUGUUCAUAUAUAAGACUCUAUGCAACUUAUGAUGUACAUUGUAUACUAAAACUAUUGAAGAUAAUUAUUGUGAUUAAAAGUUUGAUAUCAACUUUUCACAUUAUACAGUGAUAUUAUGUGAUGUUGACUUUUAAAAGAAUGUUGCUGUACAUUGCCAGAAUAAAGUCAGGUUG